AUGUCAGCGUUUCUUUCAAGUCCGCUUUACUUCUCGCGGCCCACAACAUCACCGUUUCGAAAACAGACAUGCUUUCAGUCGAAUGUCCGUCGUCUCACACCCCAUGCAUGUGCGGAGGAGCCUAGGACCAGGUCUUCCGCAGCACUUUCACCACGUGUUGCUUUUGACUAUUGUACUGGGUGUCGUUGGGGCUUGCGGGCCGGUUGGAUGGCUCAGGAACUGUUGGUUACUUUUGAAAGCGAGCUUGGGGAGGUGGCGCUAAGACCAACGAAGGAGGCAGGGACGUUCGACGUUUGGGUUGACCAGGACCGUGUGUGGUGCCGCGAGGAAAUGAGGCGCUUUCCUGAGAUGAAAGAGCUGAAGCAACUGGUUAGGAACGCAGUGGUCCCGGGUCGCUCUUUGGGUCACUCGGACAACUAA